CAAUCAGCCCUAAUAAAGUUGGAAGAGGGAAGGAAAGAAGGAAGGAGAAGGCGACUUUUGCUUUGGAAUUACAAAGCUUUCGACUUUCGGCAAACCCUUCCCCCCACUCUCUCUCUCUCUACAUUCUUCCUCUAUAUAACCGACAUAUAUCUUUAUUGUUUCUUUCGUUGAUAUAUAUUUAUUUGAUUGUUGUCCGCUUGAGAUCUGCUUCUCUGUUUUCCCCCAAAAUUCUGUUUGUGUAUACCUAUAUACACAUACAUACUUUUUCAUUCGUAAAUACAUCCAAUUAGGGCAGUUUUCGGACUCAAAUCAAAGAUCUAAGCAAUCAUGUCUUACGCUUAUCUUUUCAAGUACAUCAUCAUCGGAGAUACUGGAGUUGGAAAAUCAUGUCUUCUUCUUCAGUUUACUGACAAGAGGUUUCAGCCUGUGCAUGACCUAACUAUUGGUGUUGAAUUUGGGGCCAGAAUGGUCACAAUUGAUAACAAACCAAUAAAGUUGCAGAUUUGGGACACGGCUGGUCAAGAAUCAUUCAGAUCUAUUACAAGAUCAUACUACAGAGGGGCAGCUGGUGCACUGCUAGUUUAUGAUAUCACUAGGAGGGAAACGUUCAAUCACCUUGCAAGCUGGUUGGAGGAUGCAAGGCAGCAUGCAAAUGCAAACAUGACUAUCAUGCUUAUUGGAAACAAGUGUGAUCUUGCUCACAGAAGGGCUGUAAGCACAGAGGAAGGCGAACAGUUUGCUAAGGAACAUGGCUUGAUAUUCAUGGAGGCUUCAGCAAAAACUGCUCAGAAUGUUGAGGAGGCAUUUAUAAGCACAGCCGCAACAAUCUAUAAGAAGAUUCAGGAUGGAGUUUUUGACGUAUCAAAUGAGUCUUAUGGGAUAAAAGUCGGAUAUGGUGGCAUUCCAGGGCCAUCAGGAGGCAGAGAUGUCAAUGCUUCUCAAGGAGGGGGCUGUUGCAGUUGAAAAUGAAACUUUCUCAGAAUCAGUCCACAUUCCUUUGUUCACUAGUGCCGUUUAUAGGUUUUGAUGUUCUUUUCCCAGUGAAAAAUAUCGACAGUUCAAAUGUGGAAAUAUUGACACUAAUAAAAGAAGUUUAGUAAAUAGCUUUGUUUGUGUUUGUGUUUGUUUUUUUUUUUUCACCCACUGAUUCUUUUCUAAUUGUGUAAAUUUGACAUCUAGUGUUGAAUUUUACUUAUAUUACUCAUGGUGGUUUGGGGUUUAAAUUUC